AUUUUAUUUCUCAUUAAUCAUAAUAAUAGAAACACUGUUCAGUUAAAAAUUUAUUCGUCUAAUAAAAAUUCAUACGAAAUAACAGCUUUCGUAUUCUACAACUAUCAAAUGAAAAUGUUAAAUUACAUUUAAAAUAAUCGUGCUUAUAUGAAAUAGAAGAAAAGCUGGACUUUGGUUUUUAAAUUAUAAACACUUUGAAAAACUAUAACAAUGAGCCUAUUCAAAACUUUAAUGUCCCUGGCUGUGAAUAACACAAAGAUUGCUGUGAAAAAUAAUGCAAAUUCAUCUCUCAGACCGUUACUGUCAUGCGCGCCGGUGGCAAUGGUCGGCUUCGACCGCGGCGCUCACAGCCAGGACAUCACCAAGAACAUCCAGUACAUCAGCAAUGAUAAGAUCAAGCUCACACCGGAUCCGAAGACAAUGAAGUUGGACAAACAGCUGAACCGUCCUAUCUGUAUAAUGAUAAACUGGCUGCUAGCGCGGCAGAAGCACGUGUUGAAAUACGCCUCGCUCUACCUCGAGCAGGGCUUCGAUGUCGUCUCCGUGUCCUGCACGCCAUGGCAACUCAUGUGGCCAAUGAAGGGAUCGCAGCUCGUGGCAGGUGACCUGAUGCGGCUGCUGUCGGCCAACGAGAACGAUCAGCCGCUGGUGGUGCACGGCUUCUCCGUGGGCGGGUACCUGUGGGGCGAGGUGUGCGCACACGUGAUGGCGGACAAGGAACGUUACCAGCCCGUACUGGACCGCGUGGCGGCGCAGGUGUGGGACUCGGCGGCCGACAUCACCGAGAUCACAAUCGGCGUGCCCAUCGCCGUCUUCCCAAAAAACAAGAUUAUGCAGAAAACACUCAAAGCGUAUAUGGAGUAUCAUAUGAAGACGUUCCACGACGCGGCGACGACGCACUACAUCAGGUCCUCGCAGCUGUUCCACACCAACCUGUGCCGCGCGCCCGCGCUCUUCCUGCUGUCCAGCAGCGACCCUGUGGGCGCGGAGCACAGCAACCGCGCGGUCUACCAGUCCUGGUGCAAGAUGGGCAUCAAGUGUACAUGGCAGUGCUGGGACAGGUCCCCGCACGUGCAGCACUUCAGCAAGCACCGCGAGGAGUACGUGCGCCUUGUGAUGGCCCAUCUCAGAGAACACGCGCUGCUCGCACACAAGACACGUGCACACGCUUAAAACGGAAUAUCUAGGAGGGGGCUACUGAUUUGGUCUUAUUUCUAGAUUUUUAUAUCUAUUUUUACAAUUUUUCACCCUCUGAAGAGGUUAAGGGUACCCCUCCUAGUGAUGACCUAAUCCUAGAUAGAUUAAUGUUCAACUAGGGAUGGCAGAAUUGUAUUAAUUCAGAAAUGUAAAAUGUAGUAGUCUUGGAAUCAUCAUCACCAGCUCACUAUACGUCCCCACCGAGGGGCUCGGAGCCUACCCUAAUAAGGUGACUAGGCCAUAGUCAACCACGCUGGC